CUUAUCGAUCAUUUUAUUAUUUGAUUCAACUUCACGUAAUAGAUAUAUAUAGUUUAAUAUACGUACUGACGUUUCUAAUUCUUUAUUCGUUUAUCUUUUACAGUCUUCCAAAUUUUUAUUUAUUCUAGUUUUAAGAUUUGUAAUUUAUUAUUCAUACACAUCUAAGAAAUGUCAACUCCAUGGGCAAAAAUUCAACCAGUAGAAGGACCUGUUAAUUUAUUAGAGAUAACUUCAGAACAACUAGCAAAAAGUUUGCAAGAAAAAGAAUUAAAAAAGUAUCAAAAUGAGACAGAAAAUGAUGUAAACAUUCAAGACUGUACAAUAUAUGAAACGAAUGAUACAGAUAGCGAUGAAGUAAUUGCACAUAUGUUACAAGAUCAAUUUAACAAAGAAUAUGAUUUAAUGUUAAAACGCACAGAGGAAAAAUUCAAUCGUGAUUCUAAAGUUAAUAUAUCAUAUACAAAUUAUCGAACUUCUCUUUGUGAUGAUCAAGAUGAUAAAGAUACAGACAUUGAAGAUACAACUAAAGAUUUUGAUAGAUUUGUGAGUAUAGAAAAAGAAUAUGCUUCUAUACCACGUUGUGGAUAUAGAAAGAUGGGUGGUGAGGGAUCUCAAAUUGUUACAAAACAUGAUAUGUUGAUGUCUUCAAGGAUAAAUGCUUGCAGAGUGUUACAAUUCCCACCAGGAAUUCAUACAGGAGAUACAGGAGGAUUUGAUGUUAAAUUAAACAAUAAAGUAUUUAACAGUUUAAGAGCUCAUAGUCAUGCUCAGUGUUCUAAACAAAAAGCAAAAGCACGACCACAUACAAAAUAAAUAAAUAAAAUAUUUCCAUAGGUCUCUCAAUUGUCAAAUUACUUUCAAAAUCUUCAUUUAAUGACGUUUGGAUGGCAGGUCUACAUAUCAACCCAUUGUAUAGAGUCAGCGAACAUCGUAAAGAUGCUAGUAACCAAUUAUAUCUAAAGAAAAA